CCGCCCGACAAUCGCUGAAACCGUAGUUUCACAAACUGCCGAUAGAUGUCAGCACCUCACGGUCCGUUUUGAUAAGAAACAUACAAGUUAGUGCUAAGAUGUUGACUCCAGCAUUUGAAAUUAGUCAAACGGAUGGAUUCAUCACCAUCAUCAUUCAUGCAAGAUUUGCAAAGGUUGCAGAGACGGAGAUAUUCAUUCAAGAUGAAGAAUUCAAAUUCUAUUCAAAACCAUAUUUCUUGAGACUGAACCUUCCUGGAAAACUUCUCGAGGAUGGACGCGAGAUGGCCAGAUUUGAUGUGGAGACAGGAACGCUCACUGCACGCAUUCCUAAACAGACACCUGGAGAACAUUUUAGGGGACUUGAUAUGAUAACGAAAUUGCUGGCACCAAAGGGGAACACCAAUGCAAAGGCACCUCUAAUUGAAGUCUUAGAUUCAACUGAAGAUCCAUCCACUGGAGGUGGUGAGGCCUUCAGAGAUGAGGAGGAGGAUUUUGAUGAGGACUUUGACUGGCAAAUUGAGCAGAUUCCCUACAGUCUAGAAAAGGACCCAAUUCUCGAAGAAAGUUACAAAUAUGGCUUUGCAAACCUCAGGAGUGGAGUAUUCCUUAGAUUGCAGGAUGAAUUGUAUGGUGUGAUUGACCUGCUGGAUCCAGACAAAACACCAUCUCAAGAACGUACUGAAAGAAGACUUCGAGAGGAAGCUGAUAAGUUUGAUGGUGAAUACUACUUGGCUGACCUAUUUGAAGAUGAUGCUAUCCAGGAGAUUCUGAGCUAUGAACCUGUUUGGGUUGAUGAAUACAGACGAAUCAAAAGUGGAGAGAAUCCAGAUAAGAUUGUCACGCUUUCUGAAGAUGAUCAUCAGAAGAUGAAAGAACUGCCAAAUAAAGAAUACCUCCUCGAUCAUGACCAACAGGCUAGUGUACUCCUUGGCCUGGUGGACAUCAUAUAUGCCUAUGCCUACGACAAUAGAACAACAGAAGGGGAGAGUAAUGUGGAGUCUGCCUGGACAGUCAGGAAACUUAGUGCAACACUAUCAUGGCUGGAGACUUUCACAAACCUAAAGAUGGUGCUCCAUUCAUGUUUCCAACGUGCCCUUUCCUACCCACUUUAUCGUCAUUGGAAACUGAGCAAAAAGGUGCUGAGAGAUACAGUCAUGAUAUUCUCCAUCGGUAAGAGACGUCUGCUGAAGUGUCUCUUGGAGAUUCAUACUUGUCUGAACACAUCCGACCCGUACUACAUCCUGAAUGAUAUCUAUAUCACAGACUACUGUAUCUGGCUCCAGGGUGUAAGUGAAAAACGUCUAUCAUCCCUUACAAGAUCUCUGACAAAGAUAAAGGUUGAAAAAGAAGAUGUCGGGCUUGAGCUCAUUGAGCUUGAGGAGGCAGCUCAGCUAGUUCAAGAAGACGAACGACUACAAAACGAAUUAAGUGCUGGAAUAUCCACUGUCUGCCUUGUGGACAAAAAGACGGGAAAGCCUGGAGCAGAAAAAAGUGUCAACAUUGAAAAGUGUAGUGAUAUCUCUGCAUCCAGAGAGGAAGCAGUGUGUACAAAACUUGGUGCUCUUUUGCUUGACAAUGAUACUACUAUUCAAGGAGAGCUCGAAAGUAAAAGCAGCGAGGCGACAUUGAAGGGAGAAAUUUGUGAAAGUGGUGCAGAUAUUUCUGGCAAUAAAACUGGCAUGAAUUGUAGUAGUAAGGGAACUGUGACAUGUAACAGAGAACUUGCCGAAGGGAUCAAGCACUUUGAUGUCCAAAAUUUGUUACAUUGUCAGAAUGACGCUGGAGUUAAUAUGCGCGAUUCAGAUGAUGUUUCAUCUGAGGACAGCGGUAGUGAUUCUAGUUCUUGUGGUUCUUGUAGUGAUGAUGACUCUGAUGAGGAUGACGACUCAUCAGCUUCAGAAGAGGGACUAGCCAAUGUGGUGAAUUCACCAAAUCUGGGCACAUCAAGUGACUUGACUGCAGAUUCAGAAGUUAAGCAAAGACAAAUGAUCACAGUGAUAGAUUCUUCUGAGAAACCCCAAUGCGGCUCGAUCUAAGCUUUUUUACGCAGGUUGGGGCCAUUUAGUUCAGCUUUUGAUCCGAUGACCAUGCAUUUGCUUUCAUAUUGCUACUUACUUACAUUGUAUUAUAUGAGUCAGUCGUUUUUGUGUCUCAGCUAAAGUUUUAGCAGGUUGCCUUACUGUACAUUUACUUUGAAUCUGAAAAAAACUUUUGUAAUAAAAUCA